GGCCUUCUGAUAAAUGGCGGGCGGGGCGGGGCAGCAACUUCCGGUUGAGAGAAGAAAGUUGGGCCGAAGGAGGGGCCCCGAAGAGGGAGGAGGAGGAAGAGGAAGAGGAAAGGCCGGGCGGCAGUGGAGGCUGUAGGUUGUGUGGCGACGACGGCUCUCCUCCAGGCGGACGAUGGACAGCCAAGGCAGGAAGGUGGUGGUGUGCGACAACGGCACUGGGUUUGUAAAGUGUGGAUAUGCAGGCUCUAACUUUCCAGAACACAUCUUCCCAGCUUUGGUUGGAAGACCUAUUAUCAGAUCAACCACCAAAGUGGGAAACAUUGAAAUCAAGUGAGGAUUUUAUUUAGGCCUUUUCUGACUCUUACUUCUACCUUCUCUCUCUUCACCUCUCUUGACCUGUUGAAGUAGAAUAACAAAAAGAUGGAUCUUAUGGUUGGUGAUGAGGCAAGUGAGUUACGCUCAAUGUUAGAAGUAAACUACCCUAUGGAAAAUGGUAUAGUCCGAAACUGGGAUGACAUGAAACACCUGUGGGACUAUACAUUUGGACCAGAGAAGCUUAACAUAGAUACCAGAAAUUGUAAAAUCUUACUCACAGAACCUCCUAUGAAUCCAACUAAAAACAGAGAGAAGAUUGUAGAGGUCAUGUUUGAAACUUACCAGUUUUCUGGCGUGUAUGUAGCCAUCCAGGCAGUCUUAACUUUGUAUGCUCAAGGUUUACUGACUGGUGUAGUGGUAGAUUCUGGAGACGGUGUAACUCACAUUUGCCCAGUUUAUGAAGGCUUUUCUCUCCCACACCUUACCAGGAGACUUGAUAUUGCUGGAAGGGAUAUUACCAGAUAUCUCAUCAAGCUGCUUCUGUUGCGAGGCUAUGCCUUCAACCAUUCUGCUGAUUUUGAAACUGUCCGCAUGAUUAAAGAAAAGCUGUGUUAUGUGGGGUAUAAUAUUGAGCAAGAGCAGAAGCUGGCCUUAGAAACCACAGUGUUAGUUGAAUCUUAUACUCUCCCGGAUGGCCGCAUAAUUAAGGUUGGGGGAGAGAGAUUUGAAGCACCCGAAGCUCUGUUCCAGCCUCACUUAAUCAACGUGGAAGGAGUGGGUGUUGCAGAAUUGCUUUUUAACACAAUCCAAGCGGCUGACAUUGACACCAGAUCUGAAUUCUAUAAGCAUAUUGUGCUUUCUGGAGGAUCAACUAUGUACCCUGGGCUGCCUUCACGGCUGGAACGUGAACUUAAACAGCUUUACCUGGAACGGGUUUUAAAGGGAGAUGUUGAAAAACUUUCUAAAUUUAAGAUCCGCAUUGAAGACCCACCUCGCAGAAAGCAUAUGGUGUUCCUGGGUGGCGCAGUUCUAGCUGACAUCAUGAAAGACAAAGACAACUUUUGGAUGACCCGACAAGAAUACCAAGAGAAAGGUGUCCGUGUGCUGGAGAAACUUGGUGUGACAGUUCGAUAAACGCCGAGACUGGUUCCCUUCAUGUCCCUCCUGCUUUCUUUUUCCCUUUAUUGCAACACAUUCAGCUCCAUGAUAUGGAAGAGGCAUCUCUCUGCCCUUUGGCUGGAAAGGUCAGGUUUUAGUCUGGUGUCCUAGGGAAGCUUUGUUACACUUCUAUUAAUGUGGGUAAAUCUGACUGUUUAAUUCAACCACUUCCCUGUAGACAAAACAAGAGGGCAAAGGGGGCCUGUCUGCUGCAUUGUUUCUUCUGAGUCGUCAUUUAGAUCCUUCCUGUAGGCUUCCUAUGUCCACUUUACUGCUCUAAUGCUGCU